AUGCCCAAGUUUUAUUGUGACUACCGUGAUACAUAUCUCACCCAUGACUCUCCAUCUGUGAGAAAAACACACUGCAGUGGGAGCACAAAGAGAAUGAGAGGGAACUAUCAGAGACGGAUGGAAGGGCAGGCCCAGAGCCCGACUGACAAAACAGCGGCUGCAUUUCAACAAGGAAAAAUACCUCCUACUCCAUUCUCUGCUCCUCCUCCUGCAGGGGCGAUGAUUCCACCUCCCCCCAAUCUUCUGGGUCCUCCUCAUCCUGGCAUGAUGCCAGCACCGCACAUGGGGGGCCCUCCCAUGAGGCUGAUGAUGAGUCCUCCUCCUCCUGGGAUGAUGCCAGGGGGACCUGAUCCUAGAAUGAGACCACCCGUGGGAGGUUACAGGCCAAUGACAGCUGGGCCCCCAAUGAUGAGACCUCCUGCUCGUCCCACUCAUCCUGGAAUGGCUCAACCAGACAGGUGA